GGCAGUAAUAAAAAAGGCAGAGGGCUGCAGCGACAGUUAACUUAAGUCUGGACACAGGUAUCAAACAGCCGACCGUGGUUCAGAGCUUGAAUCUACUUCUUCUCUCCUGGCCAAAUUGGUACAGCAUGUCCGAAAUGCUUGACGACAUCCUCACAAAGAACUUCAUGAACCUGGCCCUGGAUGAAGUCUUGCUCUCGCAACCGUCUCAACUUAAAGUCCCAGGGCAGAGUCGCCUCAACCGGUCAGCUUCCUUCUUCUCUCCCCCCUCCCCUCCUGCCUCCUCGAGCCACAGCAUGAGCACAGAGCAUGUUAACUACAACGACAAUGGCAGCCCUCUCUGGCCUUCCAACAUCUGGAGCCAGGGCCCUGUCUCCAAACCCAAACAGCUGCCCUUCAGGCCCGACCGCUCCAUGAGUCUGACAGAGUCCAGCAGCAGCCUGCUCAACUCCUUCGCACAGCUGAAGAACCUGGAGGCUUUCCCCUCAGUCCCUGCCACCACUGUGGCUCCGCCGCCGGGCUUCCCUCCCUCGUCUAACCUCCCACCCCAGGUCCAACCGAUGGUGUCCCCUAAUCGUUACAAGACCGAACUGUGUCGUGGCUUCCAGGAGACCGGCAGCUGCAAGUAUGGCAGUAAAUGCCAGUUUGCCCAUGGCGAGGCAGAGCUCAGGGGACUGUACCGCCACCCCAAGUACAAGACGGAGCCCUGCAGAACCUUCUACAACUUCGGCUACUGCCCUUACGGCUCUCGCUGCCACUUCAUCCAUGAGGAUAAAGCCAGCGGCGGUCCGUUACCAUCUUCCAAAUUCCAGAAUCAACAGCAACCUCCCACAGCGGCUCGCCACCAGCUCCGCCAGAGUGUCAGCUUCGCUGGGUUCCUGGGCUCCCGCAGCUCACCUCCUCCAUCAUUCCCGUCAUCUUUCAAUGAUCCUAACAUGGGGUUCAGCCGUGCUCCCUCUGUUUCUCCACCUCCUGCUGAUCUCCUCUCCCCAGUGUUUGCCGACUCCCUGCAGCGGGAGGCAGCCGCAUUCCAGUUUGGCAACCAUCAGACCCGUGCCAGCACCGGAGACAUCCACAACAUUCCUGUCAUCCUGGAGCCAAAGGCCUCAUGCUGUGUGUGUGGCCAUGGAAAUAACUUUAACAGCAACAACAGCAGAGCUUUUGCCAACAUGGAGGAUGGGCACCACCAGGACGGCAAGCUGUUUCCUGGUCCUGGGGGAUUCAUGAAGCCUGCUGGACUCCAGCGCUUCUCCUCCGAGGACUCCCUGGAGGACAGCUACAGCAGCAGCAGCGGCGGCUCCAGUGGAACCGAGUCUCCGACGUUCGAUGGGUCAGCCACCAAGAGGCUCACCGUGUUUGAACGCCUGUCCCUGUCCGACUGAACGGAGGGAGAGAACAGAAGAGAACUGACACCUUGUUAACCGUGUCUGUUCAUCUGAGCUCCCUCCAGAACCAGAACUGAUCAGGACAAGUCAACUUUUGACACAAUAACACUUAAAAGUUCUUAAUUUAUGUUUGUUAAAAAAAAUGGAACUCGUCUUGGAUAAACUACACACGCUGAGAUGAUUUUAAUACCCUCUAUUUUUAUACUUUAAAUACGUUGUAGCCUAUUAGACCUUUGUAUGUGGUCUUCCAUAAAAAUUAACUCUUCUGCAGGUCUUGACAGUACCAGUAAACAGCCUGGUUUGUUCUUACCGUAAAUCUGUAGUGAUCAAAAUGGCUUAUCUUUAGCGAUAAUCAUUAAAUGCUGUGCCUUAAUGAUUCUCCUUGCCUCAUAGGCUAUGUACUCUGGUGCCAUGAACAGUAUGUUUGAUUCAGUAGCCUUAAUCAGUGAGACCUGACAUGUGUCAUUGAUGCCAUUUUUAUCUGUGAUAUGCACUUUACAGCUAAUUCAAAUGGGAGAACCUGUCGAGUCUCCCAGUAGCAUUCAACCAAAGCUUCAUACUUCACUCUGCUCUUGUGUGUGUAUGUGUGUGUGCGUGUCUGUACAUAUGCGUGUGUGGGUGAAUGUGUCAUUUUUCUGAGACCUGGGGUGCUAACGCAUGCGUAACUUGCAGAAUUUUGAAAGAUCAAAGUGUGCUGAUAGAAAAAAGUGAAUGUCUGACAUGUUAUGCAAGAGUUGCUUCUGUAAAACGUUCUGUUAUCUUUGCCAUUUUGUAGAAUUGCACCCCAUCUUUCAUCGUCCCCCGUUUGUUUGACAACCUGGUUCAGGGACUUUAACACCGCAGUAUUCCUAUCGGUUAUCGGUUGCCUUGUGUUUGUUUAACUUAAACUAAUAUAUUUAUUAUGAUAUUUAUUUGUGUUUAAAGAAAAAAAAGUGUAUUUUGUACGUUAUUUAUGGAAAAAAAUAUUUCAAGGUCUGUGAAAUGCCAAUGUGAGAAAGUGCAGUAAAACUAAAAAAAAGAGAAUCUUAUAUUUUUAAUUGUCUGAAAGGGACAAAAUAAAUUUCUGAAUAAAGAAAUGAAUGUAC